UUUGAAAUGUAACAAAUUACUUGACACAGCAGGAGCCGAAAAAAGCCGAAGUGAAAUUUACGAUCGCUCGGUCUCGGUGUCUCGCCCAUUAAAAACAUAACAGACGUAAGUGAGCCGUUGAGUUGGUGUCAUUCUAGUUUUUGUUGUAAAAGAAAACCAAUACAAUAACAAAAUGUCAUUAAAUACCGCACAUGCCAAUAAUGGCGUUCUUUUACAUGCGGGAGAAUGUAUUCUCCUCUUUUGUGACAAUGUCACUAUGGAAUUUCACGGGCAAGAACAACCGGAGUUCAUUGGUUCGAAAAAGGGUAGGAUAUAUCUGACAACACAUAGAAUGAUAUUUAAUGCCAAAGAUCAUAAUGAAAAAAUGCAGUCAUUCAGUUUUCCGUUCGUCACUUUGAGUGAGGUAGAGCUGGACCAGCCAUUGUUUGGCGCUAAUUUUAUUAAAGGAAAAUGCAGGGCACAACCUAACGGUAAUUGGGUUGGAGAAUGUAAGUUUAAGCUGCAUUUCAAGAGCGGUGGAGCCAUCGAAUUUGGACAAGCGAUGCUUAGAGCAGCGGCUUUAGCUCAACGUAGUGGCCCUGGAUAUGAUGCUCCUCCACCGUACCAGCCCCCAACAUCUGACUGGUAUGCAGCUCCACCACCAGCUUAUCAAGCAGCAGCCUGUGGAUACUAUGGUUGGAUACCUCCUACGAAUAUCUUUCCUGAGAUGCCUCCAGCAAACAGUGUUUAUAUGACGGACUCGCCACCUCCAUAUCCAGGAAUAAAUUCCGGCAUGAAUGCUGGUAAUGUACAGCAAACUGGUGCUCCAGCUUGGGCCAACCCAAACUAUAAUAGUCAACCAAACCCCCAAGCAGGUGCGCAUCCUGGUUAUCCAGGUUACCAGCAAGCUGCAGGUUAUGUACCACCUCCGAAUUAUCAACAGUCUGCAGGCUACUAUAAUAAUUAUCCUCAAAACCCUCCACCCUAUUCUCCCCAAGGAUCGUACAAUCCGUACUAGUUAUCAAACCAUAGAAAAAAAUAUAAUUAUUUAACGACAUUCUUCUGUAGAAUAGAAAUUAUUUAAAUUAGUGGCUAAUUUUUUCAGCACGAAACAAAAAAUACUUCCUAUGUUAAUAGAAUGCAAUUUUAAUUUAUAAAAUUGACGCAGCCAAUUUUGCUAUAAUUUCAAGCGUAAAAUUAAAAAUCUACGAACAU